AUGUCUGUCACUCCCGACGCAGAGAUCAUCGCACAGGCGAUGAUCACACCCAACCUAGGUCUCUAUCUGGGUCCACAUCUACUGGGACUUGUAUCCAAUGCGUUCUGGACCGGAGUCAUCAUCUGUCAAGUGACUCAUUGGCUUCCUCAAGCUCGAUAUGAUAGUCUUGGUGUUCGCCUCCUUGUGGGCACUGCUGUUUGCGCGACGUGCGUAACGGCUGUCUUCACGGUAGCCAUGUACAUGCAAGACUUUGUCUAUCACUUUGGGGAAUUCUUCCAGUUCAUGACGUUCAAACUCCUUGGCGUUUACGGUCUCAUUCAGCCCAUCACCACAGUCUCUGUCCAGCUUCUAUUCGUGGAGCGAGCUAUCAAAGUGAAUGGGAACAGCUUUGUGGUAGCUGUCAUCAGCUAUAUCUUGGCAGCAGGAACCCUUGCCGGAGGAUUUGCAGUCUUCAUUCUCAGUCGUGGAGUCACAAUGCAUGAAGUGCCAAUUCACCUGGAGAUCAUGUUUGACUAUUGGCCAACGGCUUGUUUAGUUGCUCACCUGUUCAAUACCUUCUGCAUCAUCUACGGUCUACACAAGGCUCGUACGGGAAGCGAGCGAUCCGACAAGCUAUUGAAGAAGCUCAUCAGGGGAUGCUUGGAGGCUCAGAUCCCAGGCACUACAUACGCACUGCUGGCCACGAUCAUCAUCUGCCGUGAUACAUCCUCACCUCUGAUACCAUAUAUCGUUGUCACGCAUGCUCAAGUAUACCUAGUCGGAGCGAUGGCUAUGGUCAAUGCUCGACAUACCUGGCGCCGUGAUGGUGUUACUCCACAGUCUUUCGCUGCGUGGCAGAGCGAGACUGGACUCACGACUACUCCACCUCACCUCACAGAGUCGGGACCUACAGCGAGUGAAAGUCAAGUCAGCUCAAACCGAUGGCCGAGUACUCCACCUUGGGGCCUCGAUGUGGAGAUGGGUCUGACCGAGGACGUUGAUGCCAAGAAGCGUGAAGAGGAUACUCAAGGUGCUCAAGAGAAGAGAGCGACACUCAGGCACCUCAGCUUCAUGGGCCGGGGUAAUGUGUGA